GCUGCCCUUCCCGUUCUUCUCCUGAGUGUCCACCUUGAUGAGCCUGCUGAUGAGAUCCUGUUGCAAGAAACUGCAGCAUGUCUUGGAGCAGCAGUGACUUCCGACCCUCUGCUAAACUGUUCGGGAAGAAUGGAGUGUUGGAGGAGCAGAAAUCGCCCAGAGUCAAGAAAAGAGAGACAGAGGUGUACAUUGGCAAUCUUCCUCUGGAUAUCUCUGAGGAGGAAAUUCGGUACCUUCUAAAGGACUUCAACCCGCUUCAUGUCCACAAAAUCCAGAACGGCUGCAGAUGCUUCGCGUUUGUGGAUCUGGGCUCCAUGCAGAAAGUGGCGCUUGCGAUCCAGGAGCUGAAUGGGAAGCUCUUCCACAAACGAAAACUGUAUGUGAAUUCAAACAGAAGGUCUCCCAACAGGACCCCUGACACGGCUGAGCGGCCUCAGGAGCUGCCGGUUUUGGAGACGGCUUCUGGUCAAGGAUUUGCCAAAACCACUGCUUGUACACAGCUCACUCCUAAAGCUUCUGGUGACCCUGGAGAGACAGAGAAACUGAGGACAACCUUCUUUGCAGUUCCCAUGGAAAUGAGAGGGUCCUUCCUGGUGCUGCUCCUGAGGGAGUGCUUCCGAGACCUGUGCUGGCUGGCCACCAUCCACAACAUUGGUGGGGAGGUGGGGCUGCUGGUGACCAGUAUCGUCCCGCAGACCCCAUUCUUCUGGGCCAUGCACGUCACUGAGACUCUGCACCAGAACAUGCAGGCGCUAUUCAGCACCCUGGCCAAGGCAGAGGAGCAGCAGCCCUUCCUGCAGGACUCGGCCGUGCAGCGUGGGACCCGCUGUCUGGCAGAGUACCACCUGGGGCAUUACGGGUGGGCCUGGAACAGAUGCUGGGUGCUGGACCGGGUGGACGCCUGGGCUGUGGUCAUGUUCAUCGAUUUUGGCCGGUCGGCCACCAUCCCAGUGCAGUCACUGCGCAGCCUGGAUAGCGAUGACUUCUGGACCAUCCCCCCUCUGACCCAGCCAUUCAUGCUGGAGAAAGACGUUUUGAGUUCGUAUCAGGUUAUCCAUCGCAUCCUCAAAGGGAAGAUCACUGGUGCUUUGAACUUGGAGUCGCACAUCCUAAAGUUUGAAGAGUUUAAAUAACGUGGCUACCAUCAGCGUGUUCUCUCCCCUGUCCAGGUUCUGCCUGCUCUGCCCUCUCAUACCCCUUUCACUCUUGAGGCCUUGGAGGUAAACAGGCCACACUGGUGCCCAGAAUUAAUUUGAUUCCCGUUUGCCUUUACCCCCAGCUCACCUCUCAAAAAAGAGAGUAAAGUCUCAAUUUGUCAUGUUUUCAGUUCCCCAACUCAGCAUGAACAUUUGAACUAAACGUAGGAAGCUUCCAUGAGGUUGAAAGCCUGAGGGGGCCAGUGUAUUCUUUCCUGUGUCUCUUCUUUGCACUCUAAAGCAUGAUAUAAAUUGCCCUAACAG